AGAUCAAAGGGAGACCUCGGCCUCAUCUCCGCACUGAAGGAAAGCAACCUUCGGCACUGCGCAGGCGGCCUCUGGCUUGUUGUAGGAAGGCAGAAGCCGAUUGGUCGCUCUUGGAGGACGGCGAUUGGCAGGAGGACUGUUUGGGCGGUUUCUCCAAAGGAAAAGGCGGUACUUCUCGAGAAAAGGGCGUGAAGCCUCCACUUCCGGGAACGGAACGGGCAACGAGGGAGCUGCCUGGAUCGACGAAAGAGGUGGCCGGAAGAUACAGGAGGACGGAGGAUCCCGGCGGGGGAAGGAUGGAAGCGCCGCCUGAGAGGAGGAGGAGAGCGGGCAGCCCCGAGCGAUGGAAAGGCCGGGAUGUGCCGGGGGGCUCCGGGGAUGCAGGAGAGAUGAGCCCACGGGGACCCCGGGAAAGGGCGCUGCCUGGAGGGCGAUGCAAGGAGGAGGAAACGUGCGGAGACCCCGAGACGGUCCUGGAGGACGGAGGAAGAUCCCAGAAUCCCCAAAGCAUCCAGGAGGGAGGAAAGAAAUACAGAUGUGAAAAAUCCUUCAAAAACAAUGGGCAUCUUCAGAGCCAUCUAAGGAUCCACUCAUUAGGAAAUCCAUUUAAAUGCCUCAAGUGUGGAAAGAGUUUCAGUGAAUUGGGAACCCUUUAUAGACAUGAAAAGAUCCACUUGGUAGAGAAAACAAAUAAAUGCCCGGUAUGUGAAAAAUCCUUCAAAACAAAUGGAAAUCUUCAAAGGCAUCUAAGAAUCCACUCAGUUGGAAACCCAUAUAAAUGCUUUCAGUGUGGAAAGAACUUCAGUCGGACAAGAGAUCUUACACAACACCAAAGAAUCCACACAGGAGAGAAACCUUACAAGUGCCUGGAGUGUGAAAAGAGCUUCUGUCACAGCAGCAGCCUUUAUAAACAUAAAAGACUCCAUUUACAAAUCCCUUACCAAUGCAGGGAAUGUGAAAAAUAUUUCAGAACAAUUCAAAUCCUUGAAAAACAUCAAAGAAUCCACUCGGAAAAGAAACUGAAUAAAUGCCUGGAGGGCGGAGGGUCUGGGAGAUCCGAGAGUCCUCAAAGGAUCAAAGAGGGAGAAAGGAAAUAUCAAUGCCCAGAAUGUGGAAAAACCUUCAAAAGAAAUGGACAUCUUCAAGACCAUUUAAAAAUUCACUCAGGAGAAAAGGAAUAUGAGUGCCCAGAAUGUGAAAAAUCCUUCAGAACAAAAGACCUUCUUAAAAGCCAUCUAAAAAUCCAUACAGAAGAAAAAUCUUAUAAAUGCUUUGAGUGUGGAAAGAGCUUCCGGCACAAGAGCACCCAUGACAGACAUCAAAGAAUACACACAGGAGAAAAACCUUAUAAAUGCUUUGAGUGUGGAAAGAGCUUCAGUCAGACAAGCACCCUUUAUACACAUCUAAUAAUCCACACAGGAGAAAAACCUCAUAAAUGCCUGGAGUGUGGAAAGAGCUUUGGUGAUCGCAAAAGCCUUAAUAGACAUAAAAGGAUCCACACAGGAGAAAAACCAUAUCAAUGCCUGGAGUGUGGAAAGAACUUCAGUCAUAGGAGCAGCCUUUAUAGACAUCUAAAAGAAACUGAAGAAAUGCGUGGAGGGCGGAGGGUCCUUCGGAAGACCCGGGAAUCAUUAAAUGGUCCAGGACAGAGAAAAGAAAUAUGAAUGCCCAGAAUGUGAAAAAUCCUUCCAAAGAGUGUGGAAAGACCUUCAGUCUUUUGGGAAACCUUCACAAACAUCAAAGGAUCUACUCAGGAGCAAAACCGUAUAAAUGCCCUGAGUGUGAAAAGAGCUUCAAAAGGAGAAGUUCUCUGUAUAGACAUCAAAUGCUU